CGAACGUGAUGACGCAGUGCCUCUCUGACACGUCAUACACAAGAGUGAAGUGCGCCAGGCUCCACCAGUCCAGAUCACACAGAGACACUGACACAGAGACACUGACACAGAGACAGACACAGAGACACUGACACAGAGACAGACACAGAGACACUGACACAGAGACAGACACAGAGACACUGACACAGAGACACUGACACAGAGACAGACACAGAGACACUGACACAGAGACACUGACACAGAGACAGACAGAGAGACAGACACAGAGACACUGACACAGACAGACAUACAGACACAGACACAGAGAGACUGACACAGAGACAGAGACAGACACAGAGAGACAGACAGAGACAGACACAGAGACAGACAGAGACAGACACAGAGAGACAGACACAGAGACAGACAGACACAGAGAGACAGACAGAGACAGACACACAGAGACAGACACAGAGACACAGACACUGACACAGAGACACAGACAGACACAGAGAGACAGACACAGAGAGACAGACACAGAGACACAGACACAGAGAGACAGACAGAGACAGACACACACAGACAGACACAGACAGAGAGAGACAGACACAGAGAGACAGACAGAGACAGACACACACAGACAGACACAGACAGAGAGAGACAGACACAGAGAGACAGAGAGAGACAGACAGAGAGACACUGACACAGAGACACAGACAGAGACACUGACAGAGACACUGACACUGACAGACACACAGACACUGACAGAGACACAGACAGAGACACUGACACAGAGACCCAGAGACAGAAGUGUCCAGCUGCAGCAUGAGUGUGUUGCUAGUGCUGCUGCUCUCCCUGGCCCCUGAUGCCCAGAUGUUCGGCACCCUGACGUCGCCCCUCUUCCCGUCCUCGUACCCCAGAGACACGCAGCUCCGCUGGAACAUCAGCGUCCCCGACGGCUUCCGUGUCAAACUGUACUUCAGCCACUUUGACCUGGAGCCGUCCUACCUGUGUGAGUACGACGCUGUGCAGGUGGAGGCGGAGGGGGAGGUGCUGGCGUUGUUCUGUGGGAGGGAGGAGACGGACACGGAGGCGGUGCCGGCCCAGCAGAUCAUCAUCUCCCCCAGAAACUCCCUGGGCCUUCUCUUCUCCUCCGAUUUCUCCAACGAAGAGCGAUACUCCGGCUUCAUGGCUCACUACAGCGCUGUUGACGUGGACGAGUGCAGCGAGCGGAAGGAUGAAGACCUCCUCUGUGACCACGUCUGUCACAACUACAUCGGGGGGCACUACUGCUCCUGCCGCCACGGCUACUUGCUGCACUCUGACAACCGCACCUGUGCAGUGGAGUGCAGUGAAGGUGUGUUCAGGGAACGCUCCGGUGUUCUGAGUAGCGUAGAUUUCCCAUCUCCUUACCCGAAGAGCUCAGAGUGCUCAUACCGGAUCGAGGUGGAUCCAGGCUUCAGGAUACUCCUCCGCUUUGACCCCCGCUUUGACGUGGAGGACCACCCUGACGUCAGCUGCCCCUACGACCACGUCAAGAUCACAGCGGGCAGCAGCGAGUUCGGUCCGUUCUGUGGAGAUCGACCUCCAGGUGACCUUCAGACCGACAGCAACAACGUCACCAUCUCCUUCCACAGCGACAACUCAGGAGAGCACCUGGGCUGGAGGAUCACAUACACAUCUACAGUGGUGGAUUGUGGGAGUCCGAAGUCGGUCGCCAUGGCCGAGUUGGUGUUUGGAAUUAAUGGCAACAGCACACAGUUUGGAUCGACGGUUCACUACGUCUGCAGGGAGGACAGCCUCCAGCUCACCAACAGCAACAGUCUCUACAGUUGUGGGCCGAGUGGAGAAUGGGUUAACUCUGAAUCAGGAACCAGACUGCCAAGCUGUCUGCCUGCCUGCGGCCGGCCGUCCCGCUCCCUCCCCCCUCAGGUGAAGCGGAUUGUGGGAGGUCGCCAUGCCGAGCCCGGCCUGUUUCCCUGGCAGGUUCUACUCAGUGUGGAGGAUCUGUCCCGGGUCCCAGAAGACCGCUGGUUCGGUUCCGGGGCCCUUCUGUCCCAGUCCUGGGUCCUUACAGCAGCCCACGUCCUGAGGUCCCAGCGAAGGGACACAACCGUGGUUCCCGUGGUCCCCGAACACGUCAAGGUGUUUCUGGGUCUCCAUGAUGCUGCAGACAAACGUCUGGCCACCAACCGUUCGGUGGAGAAAAUCUUCCUCCAUCCGAACUUCCAACCAGACAACUACAACAACGACAUCGCUCUGCUGAGGCUGGAGGAGCAGGUGGAGUUUACUGAGUUCAUCCGCCCUGUGUGUCUGCCUCCACCUAAAAACCAGGAUGACCCCCCCUCACCUCUACCAAACACUCUGGGUUUAGUUGCUGGGUGGGGAAUAUCCAACUUCAAUACCACCUCCUCGUCGAGUGACCCCAGCAAACUGACAGCUGACCCAGAGAUGACCUCUGACCUUUUGCAGUAUGUGAAGCUGCCGGUGGUUUCUCAGGACGAGUGUGAGGGGAGCUACGCCUCGCGCUCCGUCAGCUACAACAUCACCGACAACAUGUUCUGCGCCGGUUUCUUGGAGGGUGGGAAGGAUACCUGCCUGGGGGACAGCGGGGGGGCAUUUGUGAUGCAGGACGGGGUCAGCAGGAGGUGGGUGGUGUUUGGGUUGGUUUCCUGGGCCGGGCCGGAGGACUGCGGGAGUCAAAGGGUGUAUGGCGUCUACACCCGAGUGGCUAAUUAUGUGGAGUGGAUACAGAAGCAGCUUCAGACUGCCCCCUGGUGGUGAAACAGGUAGUGAGACAUGGUGUAACAGGUCAAAUCGGCCUCCUUCUCCAUCAUCAUCCAGUGCUUCUCUACGUCCCCUUUUCACAGUGACCAAGUUGAACUCCUCUUUGUCCGCUCCGAUUGGUCCACCUUCAGCAAAAUCCAAGGAGCCAUCCCCACCUUUGACCCUCUCUCCUUUGUCUCAGGGUCACAAACCGGACUCUGACCCUUGACCCCACCCUCUCCCUCCAACCCUGUAUCUGCCGAAUUCUCAAAUCCUCUUACAACCAAUAUUGCUAAGAUCCGUCUCUCUCUUGCAGACCGACGUGGUUUUAGUUUCUGAGACUAUAAUGUUGCUUUGAAUAGACCAGAACUUUUCACCGUGUUAUUGUUUUGUUAGUUUUAACACAUUAUUAUUAUCUAUCUUUAACAUUGUUCUAUUCACUACUGUGUUGUAUAUUUGUGCACUCUGUGUAUGAAUAAUAUUAGAGCUGCACAAUAAUGGAAGAAACUGACAUUGUUCUAUAUUUUUUUCAGUGAUAUGAAAAAAUACACUGGUGAACUUUGGUGCUCUAGUUAACAAUUUAAUCAUAAACAAUUGUUUGUAUGGAUAUGAAUAGUGAGGAGCAGAUCAAACCACACUGAAGACAGUCCGUCCCCGUCACUCUGCCGGGUGACAAAGUGCAGCAAAUGUUUGUCACACCAAAGAAAAGUAUUAAAAAAAGGUUUGAAAAUCGU